GGGUUUACUGUAGUGGCAAAGUGCAGAGCGUAGGUGCAGUGGAGACGUAUUUUACGGUCUAAUUCUUUAAUAAACCAUUCAAACUGGAUUUACUAAUAAUCUGUCACAUUAGAAAUAUCAAUUCCACAAGUUGGAGAACGAGUAAAACAUAAUUUUAGAUAAUGUCACAAGCUACAAAGCGCAAACAUGUCGUCAAAGAAGUUCUGGGAGACUUCGUAAUGCCGACUGGUAAUCAACAAAUAGUAAAGGUGAUUGGAAGUCGGGGAAAUAAUUUGCAUGAAAUAGUCACCGCGGAUGGGGACAGCUUUCUCGUGAGCAUGCCCACAAAGUUCCGUAAAAACAUCUGGAUCAAAAGAGGUGAUUUUGUGAUUGUGGACCCUAUUGAAGAAGGGGAAAAAGUGAAGGCAGAGAUCAGCUUCAUUCUGUACAAAGACCACAUCCAGUAUCUGCAGAAGCAACAGCUUUGGCCAGAGGCGUUCACUGACCAGGCAACAGCGCAGGAAAAAACCUCGACUGACCCCAAAAAGACAGAAGAGGAGAAAAAUGCAGAUGGAGAGGAUGACGAAGAUGAAUACAGUGACUCUGAGGACGACGAGAGUGAUUUGUUUGUUAAUACAAACCACCGCAACUACCACUACAGUGAGAGUGAGGAGGAGAGUGAAGGAGAGGAUCUAGGAGACAAGGAAGGAAAUAAGGAAAGGACCGAGCGCAAACCUUGAUCUGAGCUGUUACUGUUGGACUCGCAAUAAAAGACUUAAUUAAAAGGAAGUAUUAUUUCCUUUUAGCUGUUUUUGGAAAUCUACAAACUGGAAUGACUUUAGGCUGUUUUUAGGCUAUUCACAAUAUUUCACCUUGACGAAACCGAGUAAUACGCUAAAUAAUUGAUCCUGUUGUAAUGUUGUAAUGAACAUAUUGCUAUAUUGCUCUGCUCGACUGUCUUGAUUCAAUGGAGUAAAAAAUUGCAUGUAUUUUCAAAUCUGGCUUCAAAUUAUAUUUUUCCUUUUCUGUAUUUAGAAGGUGGUAAAUCUUCAUGCUGAUAGUGAUACUUGACCAAAACGAUAAAAAGUAAAUCUUGAUGCAUUGCAUUGGAAGUAAUAUUCAAAAUACUUAACUAUUCAAAAUUGCUCCAAGACAUAGACCAAUGUUUUCAAUCAAAGGUAUAGGAGAUUAACAAAUAUUGGAAAUUUGUGAAUUCUAAAAAAAACAUUCUUUUAUACUUUUUUAUACCAUUAAUUUGAAUCAAACCACUUUUGCUAACCCUGUAGUGCAGAUUUUUUAUCUGAAAUGUGAUUCUUGUAUGUAUCAGUUCAUAUUUCAAUGUUUUUGUCAAUUCUUUCAGAUGUGUUUAAAAUGUGAACUUUGAACAGAAUCCUAUUAUAAAAUAUAAAUUUAAUCGC